AUGUUGGCCGACCAAGGUCAUUAUCUCAAAGUCAUAUCUCCAAUUUUACUUGGUAUUGGUGUAUAUGUCCAUAGAGAAUUUGGCUCCAGGCAUAUCGUGGACUUCCUAAACAAUUGGGGAUUUUUGGUGACCUACAACGAAACAUAUCAAUAUGAAAAUCGCAUGAUAAAAGACAAUGUUGAGACGGUUGCCAGCGAAAAUAGUCUUGUCCAGUACUAUAUAACGCAGAUUUUAUUAUUGAAACUCUUACUGGCCAUGCCACAUUUCACAAUUUGCAGUAUGGGAGGAAUUCGAUUGAGUACUCCUUCGCCACCUGCAACACCAAAAUCGAUUGCUCGCCAAAUUGACAUUGUUUCUUCUACUGCAGCAGCAGAGAAAGAUAACAUUUCCAUCAGUUGGUACAAAGCAUCAAAGACAUUUCCCUUGAAAAAUGUUAUAGUAAGAGACAUAAAAAUCGGAGUCGACAAACCACCAUCCUGGGGAGGAACGAUGAAACUAGCGCUUAAUGGAUACAUGGAAUGUGAAAAAACAAGUGUUACAAUUUUACCUUUUAUUAAUAUGUCUCCAACUGAUCCAAGCACUAUUUAUUCUGCUUUGAAAUAUGCUUUAAAAGAAACUCAACAGCUGGGACAAGAGCACUGCAUAGUAACUUUUGAUCAACAAUUGUAUGAUAAAGCGGUUAAAAUUAUAGUCUCUGAGCCUCAGACCUUCAGAAACAUAUUGUGCUUUUCACACGAUUAUGGCUUUCAUGAAGGCGAUUGGUUUCCUGAUGGGUUUAUGCUGCCAUAUUUUCAUGCUGCAGGGUCUUACCACUAUGCCAAGUUAGCCCACUUGUAUGUUCAGCAAUGUGACGAUCUUGAAAAUGUUAUGCCCAAGAACAAAUACAAAAAAUUUGUAAAGCAGUAUUUCACUAUUUGUCGUUCGGAAGGCUUUUGGACUGGGGUCCUUACAGAUCAAGUCAUCGGGCAGGAACUGAUGAGAAACUUCAAGGGACAGACACAUAAAAGAGGUACAACCGAAAAUACCUUGAGUCAUUUUGUCUAUUCUUUUCCUGGAUGUCUUCCCCUGUGCAACGUCAUGGAAGAAUCAUGUGGUCAAGCAUAUGAAAAAAGGUAUCAGACUAACGAUCAGGACGUUGAUCUAACUGAAUCCCAUAGAAUUAAAGAUUCCGAAGACUUACAUACAUUUAUAGAGUGGUUUAGGAAUCAUUCUCCCUACGAAAAAUAUGUAACAAAUUAUACUCAAUAUCUACUAGAAUAG